UCUUUGUUCACAUGAAAGUCGUUGUUGGGCAGUGACAAUAAAGAGUGUGUGUGAUUCCCAGCUGCAUCAGACGCUUCAGUUUAUCAGUCAUGGACAAAAAGUUACUGCUGGCCGUGUUGUGUCUGCAGGUUUUCCUGCUCAUCACCACCUUCACUUCCUCUGAUGCAGCCACUCUGGAGACAGAUGAUCUCAGACAGCUUCCUCCUCAGAGAAGACCGGUAAGAAAAGGAGAGGGAAAAAAUAUCAAGACAACAAGGAAACCUAGAGGAUGUCUGAACUUUCAUGGAGGAUGUGGCAUUUUGCCAAAGCCCUACAAUCCUUUGGAGAAGCUUGAAAAGAUCCCACGUCCUGCAGAGAAACUUCAGUGAUCAGUGUGAUGGAAACCAGAAGUACCACUUGAGCUGUCCAUCAAACAAGCUUUGCAGUAACUGCAAUGAUAUGAAAUCUAUAUUACUAAUUGUCUCACUCACAGAACAAAUACUUUUUUUUUGUAUUAAUGCAAAAUAAAAAAAAUGAAUCAGA